AUGCCUGCCGGCAACCCGACACUCGUCCCUCCCUCUUCCGACGUUGAGCUUCGCGCCCUAAGACGCAGGUGCGCUAGCGCGCUCUGGGCGCUUGUUCCGAAGGGGGUGGGAAGGCUGUAUUUUGGCGGUGGCCUGCUGCGAGCUAAUCCCGUUUUGACAAUGAGCAGGGUUAAAACGGAAGGAUCGGCAGAUUCGAAGACAGCUGCGGUGGGCAAGCUGGACAAUAACGGCAAGGACACGGACAGGGGCAAGGGCCGUCCUUCGUUCUCAUUGUCCUCGAAAGAGGACGUCGCCAAGGAAAAAGCAAGCGCCGUCGAAACGGUGCCAAUACAAACAACGCAAGCAAGAGAACAAGAACGGUCAAGAUCUGGAUCCCAGCCCCGGUCCCGGCGGUCCGCUCCCGUUCCGAGGCCGAAGACCGGCGGUCAAGGUUCUGCUGCUGCUAGCGCUGAUCCACCACGGCCGUCGCCGCCGCUGCCGCCAUCCAAGACCUCAAGUGCGAGCGAGGAAGCAAGGACCGGCAUGGCGCCCCAGGAUGACGAAAAUAUGUCUCGCCAAGAUAGAGACCACGACCACGAUGAUGUCCAUAACGAUGAUAAUGAUGACGAGGAAGACGACAACAACAACAAUGACGACGACGAGGAGAUCCUGACGGAAAUUGAGCAGUGCAUUCUCGACGUGUUUUCGGACGCUUACUGCAACAAGCAUCUCGUCUACGGCGUACUGGAGCUUAUCCUGGUUCGACUCUUACCGGAGUUGACCGAGAAAGUGACCCUGGAGCUCUGGAAAGAGCGUAUUUCUGUGUGA